GUAGCAAAUAUUUUCGAAACUACGCUUGAAACAAGAUCACUAGUGUGCGCACAUCGUUUGUAGAGAUAAGCAGCAGUUCCGGGCUGACGCUUUGCGGAUUCUAAAAAUGUCACAACAAAUUAUGAAUAAAUAUUUCAUAGCCUUGCUACUAGUGAUUGGUCUCACCAGCACCCAAGCAACCGAAACUACCACCAGCACUACCACCGAAGCUCAAGCUGAAGCUCCGCAAACAGCACGCGAUCUAUUGUUUGAAGCUGUGGCGGCCGAUUACCUGAAACUACUCGACUAUGAAUUGAAAGAGAGUAAGGAGCUGGUUGAAAGAGUGCUCGACGAUGAUCGAUUCCAAAAUAUACGCAGUGAAAUUUUGGUGAACAAGAAAAUCACGUUACGAAACUAUGUUGAGCUCGUGAAGGAGAAGAAUAAGAAGAAGCAGCCAUCGAGGGAGUACAAAGCAGCACGUUUCUUCUACAUUUUCGGCAAGUCGUUGCUAUAUACCGACUUCUUAGAUAUUGUGGCGCGUUUGGAGCCCACAAUGAGUCGUUAUGAUUGCUGGAUUGAGGAGGACUUUAUGUCCUUUGGACUCGAAACUUUCAUUGAUACGCUGAAUCAAAAGCGCGCUAAGCUAGUUCGUGAUAGUGUGCGGCGUAUUGAUGAUUAUGUGAAUGGCUUGCCGUCAGAACAACAACGAAAGGCCGUGGCACAAAAGCUAACCGAUUUCUCUCUGAAGUUGAAGGAAGCCACAGAGGUGCAAGAUAAAAUGGCUGUGCUCAAGGAUUUUUUGCGUGAUUAUUACUUGGAAACACCUGUUGAAAUGUCUUAAAGCUGAAGUGUUCUUAAUUAGUGAGAUUUUUCGUAGAAAAUUUAGUGAAAAGUAGCUGAGUUAGAAAAUUUAUUGACAUUUGUUAAAAGAAAAUUAAAUUAUAUUUAAAUAAAAAACAUUAUUGGAGCCGAAAA